AUGUUGACCAAGAAGAUUCAGAAGAAGAUCAUUGGUGACUAUAAAUUCCAAUAUGCGAUUUGUGGACAUAUGGGCCAAUCUGCAGAGUAUCCUUGUCAUUAUUGUUAUCAUAGCUGGUCUUCACGUGGUCCUCGCAAAAUUCUUCUAGGCGAUGCUGAUUUCUCCGUGCAGCCGGUGAUGAGAAGCUUGGAUUCGUACACUGAAGAUUCAAAAAAAGGCGACUUCAGUGUAGUGAAAGGAUCAAAAAUGUUGUGCACCACUGAGCCAUCGGAUUUGUGCAUUCCUACAGUCCACACUUUGAUGGGAAUCUUCGAAUCAUACUUCCAGCGAUACAUUAAUGCGGAAUUGAACUCAAUGGAUCGCAAGGAUAAAUCGGCAGCCAAAACGUUGAAAGAGCAAACGAAGGAACUUUCUCAACUUGCCAAAGAUGAAAAAGAAGCGAAGCAACUUCUCGAUACAUUAAUUCGAGCACAAGAAGAAGCGUAUUGCUCAGCAACGUCGUACAGGAUCGUUCUUCUGAAUCCGGUGAUGCAUUUGAAACAUCCAGAGCCAUUGUGUGAAGCAGAACUUUGCAUUAUCAAUCAUUUGUCCAAAGAUCGUGACAAUGAUGACUGGAUUCGAUGUGACUCGUGUAGAAAGUACUUCCAUUUCUCGUGUUCAUCUCUUUUUUCUCCGGAGCAGAAGUUGGAGGCUUCACACCUGAAAACUUGGAUUUGUAAUGUUUGCAACAACAUCUCAUCUUCUGAACACCUCAAUUCAGCAAUAACAGCUAAUACUGAAUUGAUUUCUGAUGUCCAGAAGUCACGAGACCAUUAUGAACAACUCACCGGAAAAAGGCAGCAUCUCGAAUCCAUCAUGUUCCAUUCAACAGGUGACAACAGGAAAAAAAUGGAGAAACUCAUGGAAACGAUCGGAUGCUGUCAAAAAACCUGGUAUCAAACAUAUACUGGAAAUCAAGUUCGAAUCAUUUUGAGAAAGGAGAAUAUUGAUGGAAUUUUCUCUAUUCUGCCGGACACCGAGGAAAACGGAAAUGUUAAAGAGGCGAUGUAUUCUCUGGCGGAAAUUAUGUCCUGCUCAGAUGCACUUUCAUACACAGAUGAAGAAAUUGACGUCGUGGAGAGAAUCGUGAAGAGGUUUUUGGAAGACAUGAAGAUCGCAUUCCCGAAAGAAACGAUCACUCCAAAACUUCACACAUUGGCAUAUCAUCUUAUUCCAUAUAUGCGAGCACAUCACUCUUGGGGUCGAACAUGCGAACAGGGAAUUGAGAGCUUCCAUUGUCAAUACAAUAUUCUGAAGAAUGUGUUCCGCACAGUGAAAAACCUUCACUUACGCGCUGUUCUUAUCUUGCAAGAACUUACAACUCAGAACUGGCUACACGAUUCUGGAGUUUGGACUGAGUGA